UGGUGUGACACGUCCGGCCUGUUUUUAUUUACAGUUACUAUGGUGACCGCGGUCGCUAAGCUACAGCCCUGCUGAGCGCCCUGGCUGUGAGUCCGGGAAGAGGGGACGUGCGGCUCCAGCAGUUCCGCCAUGAGUAAACGGAUCGACAAUGCCUGUGAUUCGGGGCCCCCCGUGGACCUGGCGUUCAAGUGCAUCAACACCAUGGAAGACGUGCUGCAGGAGGACCCCCGCGAGGGUCUAAAACCCAUAAAACGCUGUGAGAACGGGAGGCUGACGAGCCAGGCGCUGCGGCUGAAUAACAACACCCUGACCGAUAUCCACGGCUUCCGGGAAAUAGUGGAGAAGCUGCUGAGCGACCCGUCCCGCCUCUGCUGGAUAGACCUGUCCUUCAAUGACCUGUCCAAUAUAGACCCCGUCCUCGCUGCUUUCCGUCACCUGUCUGUGCUCAACCUGCACGGGAACAGCAUCAGUCACCUGAGCGAAGUGGACAAACUGGCCGCGCUGCCCGACCUGAAGAGCCUCACCCUGCACGGCAACCCCAUAGAAACGGAGAAAGGCUACAGGUCCUACAUCUUGUCGCUCCUGCCCAAUCUCAAGUCCCUCGACUUCAGCGCCGUCACCAAACAAGAUCGAGUCAGCGCCGAGGUGUGGAGCCGCAUGAACCUGAAAGGCAGACGCGUGAAAAGGUCCAAGAAGGAGUGACCGACGCGGAGUGCGGCAAUAAAUGACCACCUACCACUCAGGACAGUCACUGCCCGUGUCAGCACCAGUGUGCAUGCUGUGCUCAGAUCUCCACUUGCUGUCAGUGAAUGAGGAUAUUUUCUGAAAACCGAUAGGCUUCAUUCACAUCUUAUUUCCACUAUAAGGGUCCAUUCACACGUCCGUAGUGUGUUGCGGAUCCGCAAUACACC